AUGCGCUAUCUCCAGCUCCUGUUCAGGGCCAGUCCUGCCGCCCUCCUCCUGGUUCUCUGCCUGCAGCUGGGGACCAGCAAAGCUCAGGAAGACACUCCGAGGCCGAUAAUAAUGGAUUUGCAGAUGCCCCAGGAAGCAGAAGCAAAUGAGAUAGUCUCCCUGGCGCUUAAAGUUAAAACAGAAUUGAAGGAAUGUAUGGUGAUUAAAGCUCACCUCGAAAGCAGCGUCUUCAUUGGUGGUUCUUUUAAUUAUAAGUUCACUGGCUGCCUCUGUGAAGAUUAUCCAAGAACCUUCUUCUGGGACUUUCGGAGCAAUAGCACCACAAAGAUCGCGGCCAUUGUUGACAUCGUUCGGGAGCUAGGUAUCUGCCCCAACGAUGACGCAGUGGUCCCCAUCAAAGCAAACCGGUACUACACCAUCACCACCCUAGUUAUAUCUUAA